AUGUCUUCAUUCUGUGAGGCCAUCCAUAAUUUCCGUGUCGAACCACCGGCCGGAUGGGCGUCAAUUGCGUCAACCUUUGUUGCUGCGGUUGGAGGUCUCUUCCUUGCCACGAAAUUGUUCAACGUCAUUCGAGCUCUCUUGAGCAUCUUCAUUCUUCCAGGAAAGUCGCUGCGCUCGUUCGGCCCCAAAGGUAGCUGGGCUCUGGUCACUGGCGCAUCUGAUGGAAUUGGAAAAGAAUACGCCCACCAACUUGCGCGCGCCGGCUUCAACAUUUUGCUUGUCUCACGAUCCGCCGACAAGCUGGCUGCCGUAGCAGGAGAGAUCUGCGAAAAGAAUGCCACUGUUCAAACCAAAACUUUCGCCAUGGACUUUUCCCACAACGAUGACGAUGAUUAUGAGAAAUUGAAGAAAAUAAUCAAGGGUCUAGACAUUUCCAUUCUCAUCAACAAUGUGGGGCUCAGUCACUCCAUUCCAGUCCCGUUCGUUCUCACCGAUGCGGAAGAAAUGGAAGACAUCAUCACCAUAAAUUGCCUUGGUACCCUUCGCGUCAGCCAGCUCGUGGCACCUGGCAUGAUGGAGCGGAAGCGUGGGUUGAUUCUUACGAUGGGGUCGUUUGCCGGCCUUUUCCCAACCCCUCUUCUCGCAACAUAUUCUGGAAGUAAGGCAUUCCUUCAACAAUGGUCAAGUUCGUUGGCGUCCGAAUUAGAACCUUAUGGGAUCACUGUUCAACUCACGCAAAGCUAUCUCGUCACCUCCGCCAUGUCUAAAAUCAGGAAAUCCAGCAUUACUAUCCCAAACCCAAAAGACUUUGUCCGUGCUACCCUCAGCCAUAUUGGGCGGAGUGGAGGAUUGUUCUCCUAUGCUUAUACUUCCGUCCCAUACUGGAGUCACGGAUUAAUGGCAUGGAGUAUCGCCACCUUCCUUGGUCCUUUAAGUAAGACAGUGAUAGGAUUCAAUAAAUCGAUGCACGAGUCUAUACGUAAGCGGGCCCUUCGAAAGAGGGAAAGAGAGUCCGGAAAGAAAGGGUUGUGA